UUUUUUUUUGUGUCUGUUUUUUUUUUCUCCGGACAAAUCCACCGAUGUUGUUGUGUCGGACCGGCCACAAUUGGCGGCUACCCUUUCCUUCCCUUUCCUCCUCCAAACCUAAGCAAUUCUCCAUCAGGUCCGCCGUGUCACCACCGGAAUGGCGGGAGAGCCGGCGGUCGGUUUCUCUAUCUCUGUUUCUAUCUCACUUGCUCCUUGCACCUAAACGUGCGAUUGCAGGUAAUUUCUUGGAUAAAUACGUGAAAAAGAAAAAGCUGGAUCCGCUUGAGGUUUAUGUGCCUGCUGUUAUAUUGACUCAAUUACAAAUUAAAGAGCUAGAGAAAACUUUAGAAGUUGAUGAUAAACCAGAAUAUGCAACCUGCAGAUCCCUGCUACGUUCUGGUCCGGCUGCAUCUCUUCGUGUAAAUAUACGAGCUGUGGCACAAUAUGCUUCUGAUGCUGGAAAUGGUGAAAACGCUUUCAAAGACGUGGAUCAAUGUCUCAGAGCAUUGGAGGAACUAGAUUCCUUGUUUCUACAUGCAUCAAGAAAUGAACCAGAUGCUUCAGUAAAAGCCAUGAAAGCAAAGAUUGGUACUGCCCUCAAUGCCCUCGACAGCCUGCUUCAAACUGUUCCAUCCGAUGUAUUAAAUCAAGGCAAGGAAAUUGCUGAUGCUUAUAGAGCCCCUGAUGAUGAAGAAAUGAAGCAACCUGAGGAGUUAGACCCGGAUCUGAAGCAAUUGGAAUCAAUUCUAUAAUAUCAACCCAUCCCAUAGGGGGGUUCACUUACUGUAAUGCUAAAAUAAUUUUGCAUAUGAUUUAUAUUCAAUGGUUUAUUUAUAUA